AAUGGAGGCAGCAUGUGUCAGUUUUGGUUUCUCCAGAAAGAUCUGUGCUAUCCCGGAAUGGCUCGCUUUGAAGACGAACUGUCUAGCCGCUAUGGAGGCAUGUGUCCCGCGGGCCCGGCCAGAGGGGCCAGCCGGCUGCCGGGGCCUCCGGGGGUCCAGAGGAUGUACAAGCAGACGAUGGCCCAGAGAGCCAGGACCAUGGCUAUUUACAACCCCAUUCCAGUCAAACACAGCUGCCUCUCCGUUAACCGCUCUCUGUUCAUCUUCAGUGAGGAUAAUAUCAUACGGAAGUAUGCCAAAAAGAUCACGGAAUGGCCUCCAUUUGAGUACAUGAUCCUGGCCACCAUUAUUGCCAACUGCAUUGUGCUGGCCUUGGAGCAACACCUACCAGCGUCAGACAAAACACCAAUGUCAGAGCGUUUGGACGACACAGAGCCCUAUUUUAUCGGAAUAUUUUGUUUUGAGGCUGGCAUCAAGAUCAUCGCCCUGGGCUUUGCCUUUCACAAAGGCACCUAUCUGCGUAAUGGCUGGAAUGUAAUGGACUUUGUGGUGGUCCUAACAGGGUGA